AAGACUUACUCCAUCUAUCCCUCUGACAAAUACAAUCGCCCACCUCCGCCUUCAACUAUUGUACUCCAUGGCUUGGAUCUUCUCAAUCCUCCUGCAAUAAUCCAAAACCAUCGGUUCUUUCCCCCUUCUACCGCUUCUUUUUCCGAUGUAAUCGAGAAACUGACAUCCUCUCUUGCUGAAGCACUCGAGUUAUAUCCGCCAGUCACAGGAACGGUUCAUACCGAUGAAGAAAAGGAUGAGAUCUACAUCGCACUGGAUUCUGCAAAUAUCCAGGGUACACCUUUUCUGGUUGAAACGAAAGAUACUCCGUUUGCUGGCGAUACGAAUGAUAUAGCUCCUCGAAAUGACCAGAUUCUUCCUCCAUUUGCAAGUAUACUUGCUGUGAAAGCAACUCAG